GCUCCACCUCUUUUACAGUCAACAACUGGAAUCCAGCUAUUUUAUUUUCGUCAACUAGCUUUGCUACGCUAUUAACCAUGGGCAUUUCGUUAAAUACAUAGAGAGGAUUUACCUUUUUGUGCUGAUGUUUGCAUGGGACAGGUUAACUGGAAAUUAAAACAUCGAAAUAGGACCGAUGAGCAACCACUGCAAGUUAAAGGGCCAACGAGAGCGAAGUGAUCGCCUUGCAUACCGUCCAUUAGCCACUUCGCAAAGCAGCUAGCACAGCUAACAGCAGAAACAGCGUUAGCUGCAUUGGACAGCUGCUCGGAUAACCCUGCGUGCCUUCAACAGUAGCUCGUAUACAGCCGAGAACAAUGCUUCGCCCCUGACACUGAGAGAGUGAGGCCCUGUUGGUUGUCACUUUGGGGAGACCACAGAAGAGGUUUGGUUGAGUCCAGCGGUGUCUCUGAGGACUGGAGGGGCACCGACAUCCUUCACUGAUGCUCUCCUGGUUCUGACCUGCCACAGCUUCCAACAUGAUGCCAAUGAUUUUGACCGUUUAUCUCAGUGAUGGGGAACAGGCUGUGACGGAGGUGCCAAUCACCCCGGAAACGACGUGCCGUGACGUGGUUGAGUUUUGCAAAGAGCCAGGCGAGAGCGGCUGUCACCUGGCAGAAGUCUGGAGGGGCAACGAGCGAGCGAUCCCCUUUGAGCACAUGAUGUAUGAGCAUCUACAGAAAUGGGGACCUCGGAAACAAGAAGUCAAAUUCUUCCUCCGGCACGAAGACUCACCAACGGAGGGCAGUGAUCAAGGGAGUCAGCAGUCUCAGGACCAAACUACACGCAGAGGAGGAAACACUGGAGAGAAGCACAAUGAGAAUGGGGUGGGGGGCCAACGUGUGGAGCUCACUCUGUCCGAGCUUCAGGAGAUGGCCACACGGCAGCAGCAGCAGAUCGAGGCUCAGCAGCAGAUGCUCGUUGCAAAGGAGCAGCGUCUGCGUUACCUGAAGCAGCAGGAGCGGCGGCAGCAGCAGACUGUUUCAGAGAGCGAGAAGCUGCAGAGACUGAAGGAGCGAGUGGAGAGUCAAGAGGCCAAGCUCAAGAAGAUCAGAGCAAUGAGGGGCCAAGUGGACUACAGCAAGGUCAUCAACGGAAACCUGUCGGCGGAGAUUGAGCAGGUGACCAGUCUGUUCCAGGAGAAACAGUCAGAGCUGCAGGCCGCGGUGCUGAGAGUGGAGCAGUUGAGCCUGCAGCUGGAGGAACUGCGAAGGGGGAAGCUCAAUGGAGUUCAGAGCACCUUAGGGGGACAAGUGGCCGGUACUGCCGCGCUAGAGCUCAAGAAACUCUACCAGGAGCUUCAGAUUCGCAACAAAUUGAACCAAGAGCAAAAUAGUAAGCUCCAACAACAGAAGGAGCUCCUCAACAAACGCAACAUGGAGGUGACGCUGAUGGACAAGCGCAUCAGCGAACUACGGGAACGGCUCUACAAGAAAAAAGCUGAGGCACGUCAAAAAGAGAACCUCCCUCUCAACAGAGCCAAUGGGCCUCCCUCUCCUCAGCCUGCCCCUGGAACACUGGGGAGGGUGGCUGCUGUUGGGCCUUAUAUUCAGGUCCCUUCACCUGGUCGUCAGGAGGGCUACACACUACCCCCCGAACCACUGAAGCCUCAGAGUCUGGGAGUCAACAACCAAACCAACCAGGGACGGCCCAAGUCAGAUGGUGUGCGAAAGCCCCCCGGCCCAUGGAAGGUGUCUGAUUUAGACAUCGUAGUGGACCCGGUGCCCCCCGAAACGCAGCAGCCAGGUCCUGUAGCCUCGUCUGGCUCUGACGGCUCGUCCCCAAAUGAUGCUGGUUGGCCUACUAUAGGCAAGUCGAGCACUUUGAAACCACCGGAGAGAAGAGACUCAGGAAGUGAUACUCAGGGCAAGAGCCCCCCCUCAGGCUCCCCUGUGGCUCCAGGUGCAGAUAAGGUAUUGUCAGUGUCCUCCCCAGGCGUGCCAAAGCCACAGCCCCCUCCUUAUGGCUCCCACCUCAGUUCUGCAAACUCUGCCACCUCCUUGGACAGACGAAAGGAUGUCCCGCCUCCUCUCUCUCGUCCUUUACCCAACCCCCCUCCUCCAGCUUGGCCCCGUGUCCCCCCAUCCACAGGGUCAUCUUCUCAGCAGAUACAACAGCGUAUCUCAGUGCCCCCCAGCCCCACCUUCCAGCCCAACACACCCAUGUUCCCUCCCAGUCUGAGCGAGCGCCUCGACCCUCCUCCCGCUGUGGCAGUGCGCCCUUUCAUUGCAGACAGGGGUUCACGGCCUCAGUCGCCCCGAAAAGGCCCUGCUACCAUGAACUCAAGCUCCAUCUAUCACAUGUACCUCCAGCAGGCAGCGCACAAAGGCCAGCCACCCAAGCCCACUCUCAAAGCAGUGUAUGGAAAGCCUGUUCUACCAUCCAGCUCGACUCCUCCCUCACCCCUCCCCUUCGUCCAGGCUGGUACAUUUGUAUUACCUGGGGGUGAGGAGACUUUGGAGGGAGAGUUUGAUGAACUGGACGGUUUGCAGCACCUGGAGCCCUCAGCACCUCCUCCCAGUGUAGAGAACAUCCCACGACCACUCAGUCCAACUAAGCUUACACCAAUGGUACACUCACCACUGCGCUACCAAAGCGAUGCCGACCUGGAGGUACUGCGUAAAAAAUUGGCCAAUGCUCCAAGACCGCUGAAGAAGAGGAGCUCUAUCACAGAGCCAGAGGGCCCCAGUGGUCCAAACAUCCAAAAGCUGCUGUACCAGAGGUUUAACACUCUGGCUGGGGGGAUGGAGGGCAGUGGAGUCAGUGCAACCCCAGGUGGCAACGGUGCAGGUAAUGGAACCCCCUUCUAUCAGCCGAACCCUCCGGCUUAUCUGGGAGGAGAGGCUGGUGCUGACACAGACAAUGGCAACCUCCCCUCAGAGACCCAGCUUCCGCCUCCGCCAGAGCCAGAGGAGGCCAGCUCUGACCCAGGUGCAUCCACUGACGACAAUGACAAUGAGCCGCUGCCCCCUCCACCCGAAGGACUGGCCGACACAGAUGAGGCUGAAGGAGCUGAUGAGGACAAUAAUAACAUGGACAGCUCUGAGGCGCUGCUGCCUAGCCCUGUGCCAGAAGUUAGUACUCCAGAGGAGAGCGGAGAGGCAUCCUCACAAACACUGGAAAAGCGCACAAACUUAAAAAAGCCAAACUCAGAGCGCACCGGGCAUGGAUUCAGGGUCAAGUUUAACCCACUGGCUCUUCUGCUUGAUGCCUCGCUGGAGGGAGAAUUUGACCUGGUUCAGAGGAUCAUUUAUGAGGUGGAGAAUCCAAGCACUCCAAAUGAUGAGGGCAUCACUCCGCUGCACAAUGCUGUGUGUGCAGGUCAUCAUCACAUAGUGAAGUUUCUGUUGGAUUUUGGAGUCAAUGUCAAUGCCGCUGACAGUGAUGGAUGGACUCCUCUUCACUGUGCUGCGUCCUGCAACAGUGUUCAUCUCUGCAAAUUGUUGGUGGAAUCGGGAGCGGCCAUAUUUGCCAGCACCAUCAGUGAUGUUGAAACAGCUGCAGAUAAAUGCGAAGAAAUGGAGGAGGGCUACAUUCAGUGCUCACAGUUUCUUUAUGGUGUCCAAGAGAAGAUGGGUGUGAUGAACAAAGGCACUGUGUAUGCCCUGUGGGAUUACGAGGCUCAGAACCAGGAUGAACUCUCAUUCAAAGAGGGAGACCCUAUCACCAUCCUGAGGCGGCAGGACGACAGUGAGACAGACUGGUGGUGGGCAAGGCUCGAAGACAGUGAGGGCUAUGUGCCCCGCAACCUCCUAGGGCUAUAUCCUCGGAUCAAACCUCGGCAGCGCUCCCUGGCAUAGCACCUCUGUGCGCUGAUCUCCGGCAAACAACUGGAAUCUUCAAACCAUGAGCAGAGAACAAAAUCGCCUGGUGCUCUGUCCUAGCAGCCAUUACCCCCCUUGUCUCCCUCCUGUCUCUGGGCACCUCAGACGCACACCUCGACUCUCACUGAUGCACAGAUGAUCAAACUUUCACUCCUCAAAUCACUCCUUCAUAUUCUUCAAGCCUUUUGUUUUUGUUUUGGGUCCAUUAUGGUUUAAUACCCUUUAACGUUAGCUCUGUUACUCUAAUACUGUACUGGCAUCAAGAACAAACAUGCAUCGUGUGGUAGGUUUAAACACUAGUCAUACUUCUUCAAGCACAGUGGGGUUCUUAUUUUACCUGUGCAUUUUAUUACAUCUGAAAAUAUAAUAAGUCAUACCCCAACACCGAUUAAGUACAUUGUACCAUUCUAAUCAGUAUUAAUCAUAACUGCUGGUCAGAGUAAAUUUAUUUAACUUCAUAACCGCAGAUUAGUCUGCAAAUAUGGUUUCUAAAUUUAUUUGAUUUUAACAUUUCAUUAGUUUCAGAAAAUCUAUGCUUAAAUCUACAUUACUAGAAUGUGCUGAAGGGAUGUCUAUAAAAUAACUAAAUACAAAUCUUUUAUCAUCAUUGUUUAUCUGCUUUGUACAGUUGUUUUUAGUUUGAUUUCUUUUAUGUAGUGCAUUUAUUUGUUGCGUCCUAAAAUACAAAUGUUAGGUGGGCCUUUGUUUUGGGAGAUCUGAUCACCCUUAAAUGGGCAAAAGAAAUCUUAAAAGAUGUGUUACCAAAAAUAAGAUAUAUUAAAUUCUGUGUAUAUUUAAUGAAUUAGCCUAUUCUCAAAGUGUCUUAAAGUUAGUUAGUUUUGGACCUAUUGAAAAAAGAAAGCUAAGAACAAGAGAGUAUUGUUUGCAGUUUAUAAAGCUACUAUGACAGAAAAGAAUAUAUAUUAAAAGUUGAUUUCCUGAUUGGGAAAAUGAAAGCAGCAUCUCCACAUGAAUUUCAAUGCCGUAAUUAUCAACUAUUUCUUCACUGUUGAAUGACCUUUGUUCAACCCCUUGGUGUUUCAUCCCAGCUUUCCAUUCACAAAGUUGACAUACAAUAUAUUUUACUUGGUUUUGGCAGUUCCCACUUGAAACACUCAGGACCAACAUGGUGCUGCCGACACUGUUCCACCACAAAACUAGUGAUCACUCAUAUUUAUAUCUCUACUUCAAACAGAAACCAUUCUCUUAAACUAGAGUGUCUGAUUGUAACAUUUGCGUUUGGUAUUGACAGAAAGGGUAGGGCUUGCUGCAGACAAUCCUGGACAUGUCCUGUAAUUAUUUAAGUUAGCUGUCUGCCCCCUUGUUCAGGUUAACACUACUCCUAUAACACAAAAUUUAUCAUUUAUCAUUCAUAAUUUAUCAUAAUAAUUCUGAACCUUUGAGUCCAAGUUAACUUGUGUGUAAACCUUGAGUGAAUGAGUACUAUGCCGAGCGGCCUAAGCUUUGUCGCAGUGUGAACCUGUACAUAGUGUGAGGGAUGUGUUACGUCUGAUUGCCAUAUGGACAGCUGGUCUUCUGUAAAAAGUACUGUACUCACAACAUUCUGUAAAUGGUGACAAUAAAACAAGCUCUGGCAUGA